GUGAGGUUUGGUCCCCAGAUUUAGGUUAAGAGAUUGAUGCAAAACAUUCUGUAUAAUCACGAUUCUGGCCCUUAGAUUGAUGGAAAACAUUCAUAUUCUUUUUUUGAAAGGAAAACAUUCAUAUUAGUGGAUGUUGGACAAAUUUGUUACAGGGAGUUUUAUUUUAGACAAUUACCUCUAUUUUCAGGUCCGAUUUUGAAGGUGGGUCGGGUCCAGGACAUAAAAAAGGUGGUUGCUCUAGCAUCGCCGCUCCUCGAUUGGAAGCUCCGCUCAACAGGUAAGGCAAGGUACCCUGCUACCGCUCAUCCAUGCUGCUGCUUCGCUGAGUCUUGCUCCUGCUGGAGUGGUCUCUGCACCCCAUGCGCCCUCUUAGCUCAGCUCAUCCCGUCCCACCCCGCAUCCUUCAUCAGUUGAGAGACCAUGUAGUGGAGGUACCUUGAGAAAUUGGAGUGUAAGCUGGCCUCCUUGAGUUGGUUUCUUCUGAUGCCAUUGCAGAAGGCCCAGAAGCUCAAAUAAUGGAUGCACAAGAUGAGGAGAGGCCACUGAUUCAUCACCUGCCCCCACAGGAUGAAAGUUCCGAAUUUUCUAGAGAUGGAACAGUUGAUAUUAACAAUCAGCCUGCUCUAAAGCAGAGCACGGGGAAUUGGAGAGCUUGCUUCUUUAUUUUAGGUGUUGAAUUCAGUGAAUGUGUGGCCUUCUUUGGAAUCGCAAAGAACUUGGUCACUUACCUCACGGGUGCGCUCCACGAGAGCAAUGUUGAUGCCGCGACAACUGUGUCCACCUGGAUCGGCAGUUCAUUCUUCACGCCACUCAUCGGAGCCUUCUUCGCCGACACAUUUUGGGGACGAUACUGGACAGUGCUGAUCUUCCUCUCCGUUUACGUCACUGGGAUGCUCACCCUGACAGUUUCUGCCUGUCUCCCACUGCUCAUGGGCUCAUCAUACGACCGCGGCGUUCAUCGUGUCACCGCGUACCUAGGGCUCUACCUUGUCGCCUUAGGUAACGGUGGCAUCAAGCCAUGUGUUGCAGCCCUCGGCGCCGAUCAGUUUGAUGCGACCGACCCGGUGGAGCGGGUGACGAAGGGAUCGUUCUUCAACUGGUACUACUGGUCCAUCAACAUCGGCUCCCUGCUAUCAGCCACGGUUCUCGUCUGGGUGCAGGACAACAUAGGGUGGGGAGUCGGGUUGGCGAUCCCGACGGUGUUCAUGAUGUCUGGGCUGUCGGUGUUCAUCGCCGGAAGGAAGGUUUACAGGUAUCACAAAGUGGGAGGGAGUCCUCUGACAAGAGUCUCCCAGGUGGUUGUUGCAGCUCUGAGGAACUACCAUUUGAUGUUGCCUGAAGACUGCUCUGCUCUGCAUGAGGUGCCUUCCCCAAAUGAAGGAAAUUGCAAGAUUCAGCAUACAAAUCAGUUCAGGUUCUUUGACAAGGCGGCCAUUGUUGCACCAUACUCCGGCGACAAAGGCGCAAUGAGCCCAUGGAGGCUCUGCACUGUUUCUCAGGUUGAGGAGCUCAAGAUGCUGCUCCGGAUGUUUCCCGUGUGGGCAUCGAUGGUGCUCUUCUUUGCGGUCACUGCACAGAUGUCGUCCACGUUCAUCGAGCAGGGCGCUGCCAUGGACAAUCGAGUCGGCCCGUUCACGGUGCCGCCGGCGUCCCUGACCACCUUCGACAUCAUCAGCGUCAUGGUCUGCAUACCCAUCUACGACGCCGUACUGGUGCCGCUGGCCCGGCGGGCCACCGGCAAGGAGCGCGGCCUGUCACAGCUCCAACGCCUCGGCGUCGGCCUCGCGCUGUCCGUGGUCGGUAUGGUGUACGCGGCGCUGCUCGAGGCACGGAGGCUGGCGCUCGCGCGGACCGGCACGCCGAUGAGCAUCAUGUGGCAGGCGCCGGCGUUCGCCGUGCUGGGCGCGGGUGAGGUCUUCACGGCCAUCGGCAUCCUCGAGUUCUUCUACGACCAGUCGCUGGGCGGCAUGAAGAGCCUGGGGACCGCGCUUGCGCAACUACCCGUCGCGGCGGGGAACUACCUCAACUCGGUUGUACUUGGCGCCAUCGCGGCCCUCACGGCGCGCGGCGGGAAGCCAGGGUGGAUCCCGGACGACUUGAACGAGGGGCACCUGGACUAUUUCUUCUGGUUGAUGGCUGCUCUGGGCGUGGUGAAUCUGCUGCACUUCGUGUAUUGCUCCAUGAGAUACAGAGGCAGCAGCAACAACAACACAGCUUCAUGACAUGCAUGCGUCAAUCAUAUCUAUAAAACCACGAGACAACAAAACAUCUGCAUUCUUGGAUGCACAAACGAGUAGAAUAGAUUACCUCUGCAGUUUUCUUCGUUGUGCUGAUGAUCCUCACUUCUUAAACCGAGUAUAAUAUAGAAACUGCCCUGCAAAGCUGAUAACACACACAUUCAUGUUAAGUUCA